UGGAGGACUGUUAUUGCUGCGGUAAGAUGUUGCGGAGUGACCCCACUUCUUGGUCAAUGUUUCGUUUAUAAGUAAGGCUACCAUCCUGAUUGUACCAUCUGUGGAGAUGGACCCAGUGGUGCUCAGUUAUCAGGACAGCCUGCUGAGGCGCUCAGAUGUGUCCCUGCUAGAAGGUCCCUACUGGCUCAACGACCAGGUGAUUGGUUUUGCUUUUGAGUACUUUGCCACGGAGCGAUUCAAAAACCUGGGUGACGCUGUUUGCUUCAUCAGCCCUGAAGUCACGCAGUUCAUCAAGUGCAGCUUAUCCCAAGAGGAGCUGGCUGUGUUCCUGGAGCCACUGAGGCUAGCAUCUCGCCACUGGGUCUUUCUGGCAGUUAAUGACAACUCCAACCAGGCGGCUGGAGGUUCGCACUGGAGUUUGCUCCUGUACCAGGGCAACACUGGCCGUUUUUCCCACUUCGACUCCCAAAGUGGGGCCAAUGUAAUGCAUGCCCGACGUAUUGCUGCCAAGCUCCAGGGUUACCUGGGUCUUGGGACUGAUGUACUUUUUACGGAAGAGCCAUGUCCCUCGCAGCAGAACAGCUAUGACUGUGGCAUGUAUGUUAUCUGUAAUGCUGAGGCGCUGUGUGAAAGAGCUCUAGUAGAAGGCUGUGCUCGGCUCCCUACAAACACCAUCACGCCCACUUACAUCACAAAGAAACGGACAGAAUGGCAUUUGCUUAUUCGAAAACUCACCAAGGACUGAAUCAUACAAGCAUCAUCAUGCCACCCUGAGUAGUUGUCAUGGCAUUAUGCUAUCCAGGGUGUUAGCUAAUGAGCUAUAAUUGUAUAUAGCCAUGCUCAGAAACCAUCAGCUUCUUUGACUGAUUGGAGGAAACUCUGGUAGGCAUGUGUCACAUUUGAUGAAACAAAUUGUCAAAAAAUAUACAUACAGCACACCCAAUAUUCUGCUACAUGUCUCUUGGUUCUUUAUUUAAGUUCUCACUUCAAAUCACCUGCUUUUGAAAUUAAUAAGCUUGUGGCACAACCCCAUAUCUUUACCAUUCUAUUUGGCAGAGCUGGUGGUUUAUUUGCAGUACAGCCUACACAUUCUCAAAAGUGUUGAGGUCAGGACUUUGGAAAGACCAUUCCAAGAUCUAAAUUAAACCAGUGACAUGUGUUUUGGGCCACUGUCCUGUUUGAACCCCUAAUUAUGUCCAAGUUUUAGGAUUUUCCCUAAUUAUUCAAUCCAUUUUCUGCAAUGCACCAAGUUCCAAUGGCAGCAGAAGACAAAGCAUAAUAUUAUCAUCACCAGGCUUGACAGUAGGUGCCUCAGGUUUACACCUCCAAACAUAAUUUAGGUCACUGUGGCCAAAUACCAUUUUUUUAUCAAAUCAUAAACAUUUCUUCUUAUUCUUUUAAAAGGCUUUUUUGUCCACAUCAUCAGCCACAAACUUCAGUAGAGCUGCUUCAAGGUGCUUAUUUGGAGCAGAGACUUCCUUCUUGUAUGGUAGCCUGGAAACCCAUUGUAAUGAAAAGCUUGUUUGGUUGUACACAGUAAAACCUGUGUUUCAGCAUUUAUCGCAACCCCUUGUUUGUAGGUUCCUGAAUUACAUCUGACCACUCAGACACACUUUCUCUUAGCUUAGGGUGCCUUUUUCAGAUUUUCUCAAAGAUAACUGAUUCAUAUACUAAUGGACAAAUAUAUGUGAAUGUUAUGUCCAUUAUUUGGACAGACAUAAUUAUAACCAUAAUGUACAAGCUGUGACUAUGAAGUAAAAAACAUUAUGGAAGUGGUUCAUUGUCAAAAUAAUUGUUUCCCUGUCAAAAGUGUGCAUAAAUUAAGCAUCCUGUAAAGUGCUUUCAUAGACUGAAUUCAAGGUAUCACCGCAACCCAUGGCUGGUAGUUCAGAAAAAAAUUGGCCCUGAUCUCUGGGUGAACUGGAUGUAAUUAGUCACACUAUCUGUUCUCAAGAUAACAUAAUGAUUUUAUGGCUUUUAAUGUCAUGGAGGAAGCAUUUUUGAGCCUUUUCCACACACAGAAGGUGUUUUUGUGGUGGGGUGACUCUGCUAGAAGGUAUGUUAAAUAGUAAAUAAACUGGAAAUGAAUGUGUACAUUAAAUUAUGAAAUGCAACGAGAAAAUCAUAAUUUAAGAGUUUUAAACUCAGGAAUAGUACAUAAAAACCUUGUUACAAA